UGGCUGAGAGCUGUGGACGGAGCGCUGCGCGGAUGAGAUGCAAAUCCAGAGUUGUGGCAGUAAAAGGCUGGGCUGCUCGUGGGCAUGUCCACUCAUGAAGACGUGAGGGUAGAGAGAGAUAGGCUUAGGACACAGUGAGCGAGUCUGAGUCACUGAGUUAGAAAGAGAAGAGUUCGGGAUUCCUUAAAAAGUUCUUUUUCUUUUUUCAUCUUUGACUACGUUUUCAUUAUUGUCCCUCAACGCGUGGAGCCUGAACUUGAAGCACAAGGAAAUCUGAAGACAAUUUCCAAAAGGACAUCUUCAAGUGACUUAAGCCGCACAGAGGUGGAGGUGGAGAGGAGAAGCUAAACACUGUCAGAACCCCUGUCUCGGACACUGUGUCGUGACGCGCCUUUGCGCUCAAGAACCGGAGACCGUCGCGCGUCUGAAGAACGCACCGCACGCAGGGGACAUAGAUGAAAUCUGAAGUGUAGAACCUGGUCACAGUGGAAGACAGGCGUCUGGAGAUCUAGUCUAAAGCGAGAGGAGUGAAAAAAAGGAAAAGCGGCUUCGAAGUGAAACUCGUGUGUCUGAGGACGCACCGAGGCGCACAAAUGGUGUUUCUGUGGGACGCAAAAUACGACCCUGCCCCUGGCCGGCGUUACACGCCCCCCUCCACCACGCUCGGCUCUGGAGGGAAGAUGGCUGAGGCUUUGCCCCUGGGGGCCCAAGAGGCUGCAGGUGGUGCUGCCCUGGUGGGCAAAUUGCGCAUUGCAGAACGAGGCAUGGUGGAGGUGAUCUCGGAUCAUCCUGGAGAGCUGGUGAAGACCGACAGCCCCAACUUCCUCUGCUCCGUGCUGCCGACACACUGGCGAUGUAACAAGACUCUACCCAUCGCUUUUAAGGUGGUGGCUCUGGGCGAAAUCCCUGACGGCACCUUGGUAACAGUUAUGGCGGGAAAUGAUGAGAAUUAUUCGGCAGAGCUGCGGAACGCCACAGCCGCCAUCAAGAGCCAAGUGGCCAGAUUCAACGACCUGCGCUUUGUCGGCCGCAGUGGAAGAGGAAAGAGCUUCACUCUGACUAUCACAGUGUUCACCAACCCCCCUCAAGUGGCCACCUACCAGAGAGCGAUUAAAAUUACAGUGGAUGGUCCCAGAGAGCCCCGACGUCAUCGUCAAAAAAUGGAGGAGGUCAAACCAGGCUCCCUGGCGUUCUCCGAGAGGCUAACAGAGCUGGAACAGCUGAGGCGGACUUCUAUGAGACUGACGCCGCCUCACCAUCAUCACCAUCAGCCCUCAGCCAGUGCUCGCCAAGCUGCGGCUCUCAACUCGGCCCCUUUCUCAAGUCCCACACACACUCAGAUAACGGCUGAUACAAGACAGAUGCAGUCGUCUCCUUCCUGGUCUUAUGACCAGUCGUAUCCAUACCUGGGCCAAAUAACCACACCCUCUGUUCACUCCGCCAACCCUCUAUCGCCAGGCCGGUCCUCACUCAGUGAUCUCUCUUCACGGCUCACAGGUCCUGACCUCACAGCCUUCAGUGAUCCCAGGAUGACCUUGGAAAGAUCUUUCACCUCUCUCCCCUCAUUGUCUGACUCCCGCUUCCCCGAUCCUCGUGUUCAUUACUCUCCAACGGCGGCUGCCUUCACCUACGCUCCCUCCCACAACGCCGUUUCUAAUGGUGCCCUUGGCUUAACUAUGGCUACAGCCAUGGCCAGCUCCCCAGCAGGGCGGUACCACACCUACCUACCUCCCCCAUACCCUGCCAACACCCCCCACCAGGCUCAGAAUGGGCCUUUCCAGUCCACUUCUUCACCGUACCACCUUUACUACUCCACUGCAGCAGGAUCCUACCAGUUCUCCAUGAUGGCUGGAGGAGGAGCAGGAGGCAGCGGUAGUGACUCGCGCUCCCCACCAAGAAUCCUGCCACCAUGCACCAAUGCUUCGACUGGCUCCUCACUCUUGCACCCUUCCUUACCGAGUCAGAAUGAAGGAGUUGGGGUUGAGGUGGAGUCCAGUCACAGUAGCUCCCCUACAAACAUGGCAGCUGCUGAGGCUGUGUGGAGGCCUUACUGAAACGGCCAAUGUACUUCAGUAGGAAAAUCUGAAUCGUAUCUAACACCCAUAGAAAUAUGAACAUAGGUCGCUCAGGCCCAUCACAGAGAUACACCAUCAUCCCCACAUUGUGGUCCAUGGGAGAUUAAGAUGUUAUCAGUUUAACGUUAUGACAGAACAAAGGGAACUCCUGUUUACUUUUAAUGUCUUAUUUUUUCUGGGACCAACGUUGUAGUGAGGUUGAUGUGUGAUUAGAGGCCAAAACGGCAACUAUCAACAUAUAUUUAUGAUGACAAGCUCUGGCCGGGUGACGACACACUUAUGAAAAGAAUGUCAUCACUUGAUCAGGUGCUAAAUGGAGGAAACCUAUGGUAAAACAGACUACUGGCUAACACUGAGAAGUUUCUAUGAAAUGAAGGACUGGAGCAGGGAUGGACACAGAGAAUAGUCCAAAAAAUGUUUUUUUGGUUUAACACUGACACAGUGCAUGUAGCAGCAUCGGACUGAUCCUUUUUAGCUUCAUUUGUAUAUUAACAUGACUUUAUUCUCUUCAAAUGUUGAUAUGAACAGAUGGUUUCCUUUUCAAAAAUAUCGUGACCUGUUUUGUGUUUUUAUUUUCACCAUUAAAACAAACCUCAAAAUCAAAUAAAUCAAGACUACAAAUAAUCUCUCAAUACAUGAUAAACCUAAUUUGACCUACGAGAUAUUUCCACAGUUAUACACAGAUAGGUUGGUUAUGAGUUUCUGAAGCACGAUCUGUAGUGUCUGCUCCCUUGUCUCUGAUGUAGUUUUGUCCCCGAGUUUCACCCGUAGUGUUGAGCAGGUUUGUUUUGGAGUUUUUGCAUUGAUAGAUUUAUCAAAACAAGACUACUGUCAUAAUCUAAGAACACGUUUGGCCUUGUCACAUUUACAACAUGUGUGCUGUGUAUUAGCUCACAUUGUAAAAUGAUUAUCAGCAGCACGAUUAUUAAAAGAACAAGGAGAAAACACUGAACUAAAAACGUGGCCUCAGUGAAGAUAAUAACAAACAAAAAAAGAUUAAUUAUAAAAUCCAUGCCUGCUCAAUAAUUUUACUUAAAAAAAUGGUAACCUACAAUAUCUGCCUGUUAGCCAAACCUUUUCUUUAAGGCUACUAAAGCUAGAUUAAGGUUCAUAAAACCACACUUCUUCUGUUUUGUUUUUUUCUUAAGUGGACACUGAUGAGACUGGAAUUUCAAUUAAAAUUUAAACAGAUUGGCCAACAUUCAAAUGUCUAAUGUUGGGCAUAUGUGGGAACUCGCAUGUACUGUGUACAUGAUUGUUGUUGGUAUGUUUUCUGAGCAACGUCACUCCAAUGUGAUUCAUUUUCUGGUUAACGAACCAAUGACUCAUGAGAUCACUGCACUGAGAAACUGUUACAGUAAAAGUUUUGUAAUGUGUUAAUUUAUUCCCACAACACCAUUUUGGUAGCAUUGAGUGUGAGUGUGUGAGCGUGCAUGUUGCUCAUAAUGGCAGUUAAUUUGUGAUCAUUCGUUUUGUAUAUAGCUAUGGCUGUAAAUGACAUCACUUUCUUAUUAUUUUUCUUUUUCAUUCUGUGUCUUUUGUCCCUCACACACAUAGAGUUAUUUUAAAAUUAUUGACAGUGCACAUUGGUUUUGUGAUUUAUAUAAAUAUUCUUGUGCGAAAAAUACUGUUGUUGUUGCGUGGUCACUACACACACACACAUGAUUUUGUUUCAUUUGGUCCUAAUACAACCAAUAAGAAUGACGCAGCUGUUUGCCAAGGAACAAAACAAAGUAUAAGAAAUAAUCACCAAUAAAUCAUAAUUGAUCUUUAAUGUAACUACAAGUGAUGGUGUCACAAAAAGCGUUCAAUAUUACCCUAGGACUCACAAGAAAAAAAUAUAUACUUUUUUAGAAAGACCUGUUAAGAGAAUACCUAUUCCUAGAAGCUUAAUGGAAUUUUUGUAAUUCUAAUUCCAGACCAUUUGUACACAUUUAAAUUGGACAUUUGUCAUUUUGUAGACAUAUAGGCUCUACCUUGCUAAAGUGCAUACCAUCAAAUUGCUAUCCUUUAAAAAUACUUGGCACGUUGUGAUGUGUAAAAUAGUAGCAAAUAGUAGUCAAUAUGUGCAGGGUGUUUGACAGUUGUUUCCCCUUUUUCUAAUAAAUACCUAUUUUUAUUUAC